AUGACAGUGUCGGAGAGUGAUUCUACUGACUCUAAGAAGCAGGACACUUCUGUGCAGGAGAGCGUUGCCAUUAGUGGCACAGGCCUCGAUUACAAAGAUGCGGGGGUAAUCAAUAUCGAGGUUUAUACGGAGCAAUACAACCACAUUUACUACAGGAUAAUGCUCUUUUUUUCAAUAUUUUUAAUUGCAUAUUGUUAUGGUCUGGAUGGUAUGGUACGUAGCGCUUUCCAAUAUUAUGCAACCUCAUCAUACUCUAAUCAUCCUUUGACUUCAACUGUUAAUUGUAUCAGAACAGUUAUUGCUGCCGCAGGGCAACUUUGGUUCGCAAGGGCAUCAGAUAUUUUUGGUAGAACUUCCAUAUUACUAGUGGCGGUUCUCUUUUAUGUCAUGGGUACAAUUAUUGAAAGUCAAGCAACAGAUAUUUCUAGAUUUGCAGCUGGUAGUAGUUUCUAUCAAUUAGGUAUGACAGGUGUUUCGCUGAUGUUAGAAAUCAUAGCAAUGGAUUUUUCUAAUUUAAAUUGGAGAUUGUUUGCGUCGUUUGUUCCAGCGUUACCUUUCAUAAUUAAUACUUGGAUAAGUGGUAACAUCACAGCUGCUGUAGGCUCAAGGUGGUCAUGGGGUAUUGGUAUGUGGGCAUUUAUUUUACCCUUAUCAUGUAUUCCAUUAACAUGCUGCAUGCUGCACAUGAAAUACCUUGCUCAUAAAAAUGCACCUCACAAAUUGAAGAGUGAGGUCAAAUUGUACAAGCAGGUUCCAUGGCACACUUAUCUUAUUGAUGUAUUCUUCUGGAGAUUGGAUUUCUUGGGAUUAGUUUUGGCGUGUGUCGUGUUUGGUUGUAUUUUAGUCCCAUUCACACUUGCUGGUGGUUUCGAAACACAGUGGCAAGCAGCACACAUAAUUGUUCCUGAAGUUAUUGGUUGGGUUGUCGCACUCCCGGCUUUUUUUAUUUGGGAAGCCAGAUAUGCCAAACAUCCAUUAGUUCCUUGGAAUUUGGUCAAGGAUCGUGGUAUCUGGUCAGCUCUGGCAAUUGCGUUUUUCAUUAAUUUCAACUGGUAUAUGCAAGGUGACUAUAUGUACACCGUUCUACUUGUUGCCGUAAAUGAGAGUAUCAUGUCUGCCACCAGAAUCACUUCAUUGUACUCUUUUGUUUCAUGUAUUACAGGUCCUCUAUUAGGCCUCGUUAUCGUAAAGGUCAGAAGAACUAAACCAUUUAUCAUUUUUGGUAUCUGUUGUUGGUUCGUUUCUUUCGGUUUACUAGUUCAUUUCCGUGGUGACACUGAUUCUCACGCUGGUAUUAUUGGGUCAUUGUGUUUGUUAGGCUUUGGUGCAGGUUUCUUUACAUAUACAACGCAAGCGUCUAUUCAGGCCUCUACCAAAACACACUCAAGAAUGGCUGUCGUUACCGCAUUGUACUUAUCCACAUAUAAUAUCGGAUCUGCGGUCGGAUCUGCUGUUAGUGGUGCCAUUUGGACUAACAUUUUGCCAAGAGAGAUUUACAGGAACAUAGCUGAUAGAAGUGUCGCUGACACCGCGUACGGAUCACCAACAACGUUUAUAUUGAAUCAUCCUUGGGGAACAGAAACAAGAGAAGGUUUGGUUAUAUCAUACAGAUAUGUUCAAAAAAUUCUAUGUACGGUUGGUUUAUGCUUCUGUGUACCACUAUUAAUAGCUGCAUUGAUCUUGAGAGACCACAAACUAACAAGCACAGUCGCUCUGGAGGACGCUCAUGAUGAUGAAGCCGUUUAUGAUGAAAAAGAAUAUCACAUAUUUGACAGAGUGAAAGGUUACUUUACCACGAAAGACAAUUCCCAAUUGCCAAAAUAA